AUGAUGCUUCCGGAAGCGGCACUGCUGCUGGCAACGGUAUUGCAGCUCUCCUCGGCGGCAUCGUCCCAGGCUGGAGGCGCAGCAGGAUGGGGACGACCGCCGGCGAGCUGCCCAACCACCUGCGGCAACGUUAGCGUGCCGUACCCUUUCGGCAUCCGCGACGGCUGCUCCCUCCCUUUCCCUGGCUUUAACCUCACCUGCGACCAAACGCGGCAUCCGCCGAGGCUGCUGCUCGGCGACGGCGGCACCCUCCAGAUCGUGGAGAUCUCGCUGGCCAACUCCACGGUCCGCGCCAUGGACACCGCCGGUGCCGUGAACAUCACCUACUACACUGUACCAGGGCAAAUAAUACCAGAGGGCAACGGCACCUGGAGCGGCCUUGGCUCCAGCAGCGGCAACACGUACGUCCUCUCAGAGGAGCACAACCAGUUCGUUGUCACCGGGUGCAACAUGCAGGGGAUGCUGCUCGGGGACAGCGGCAACGUCAUCAUCGGCUGCUCCUCGUUCUGCUCCAUCAGGGACACCUGGGCAAACCCCGUGGUGAGCACGAGCCGCGCCCCUGGCGACGGAGCGGUGGCCUGCUCCGGCGUCGGCUGUUGCCAGACGCCCAUCCCCAUCGGCCGCCCUAGCUACACCGUCCAGUUCAAGUCCCUGGACCCCUGGUUCGAGUACUCUGGCAGGCUGCCUACGACGGUGCGCAUCGCCGAGCGCGGUUGGUUCGACAGCGUCGCCGCCCAGAUGCUGAACGAAUCAGCGGUGAACUACACCCAGCUCCAGGCCGUUCCGGUUCCGGUGGUCCUGGAGUGGGUGGUGGCGUCCACCUCGAUUUUAUCCCUGCUAUCGACGAGGACUCUGGCGGACGCCGCCGGCAACUGGUCCUGCCCCGUGGACGCGGCGAGGAGUGCGUGCAAAAGCAGCCACAGCACCUGCCACAACGUCACCGGCAACUACCGAGCCGGCUACGUGUGCCGGUGCCAGGAUGGGUACGACGGCAACCCCUACCUUGCCGGUGACGGCGAAUGCCAAGAUAUCGACGAGUGCGCGCUUCCAGGGAAGUGUUUCGGCGUAUGUACAAACAUGGACGGUGGGUACAAGUGCCGAUGCCCGCGCGGUGCUCGUGGCAACCCCUACAAGGAAGAUGGCUGUGUCAAAACUUCUCUUGGGUUAAGUGUUGGCCUCGGAGUUGGUAGUGGAGCAGGUCUUUUGGUCCUGGUUCUUGGUUCAGCCUUUGUGGCUCGUGGGAUCAAGAACCGGAGGGCAAGAAUGCUGAAGCAGAAGUUCUUCAAGCAGAACCGUGGACAUUUAUUACAACAACUGGUAUCCCAAAACACGGACAUCGCUGAGAGAAUGAUCAUCCCCUUGGUAGAACUUGAGAAAGCCACCAAUAAUUUCGAUAAUGCUCGCAGGCUUGGUGGAGGAGGACACGGCACCGUGUACAAGGGGAUCUUAUCGGACCUGCAUGUUGUCGCGAUUAAAAAAUCAAAAGUGGCAAUCCAGAGAGAGAUCGACGAGUUCAUAAAUGAGGUAGCUAUUCUCUCACAAGUCAAUCAUCGGAAUGUAGUGAGGCUUUUUGGGUGCUGCCUUGAGACAGAAGUGCCACUAUUAGUAUAUGAAUUCAUUUCAAAUGGGACACUUUAUGAUUAUCUUCAUAUUGAAGGACCAACACAAUUGGGAUGGGAUCACAGACUGAGAAUUGCAACAGAAACCGCCAGAGCUCUUGCCUACCUUCACAUGGCUGUGUCCUUCCCUAUAGUUCAUAGGGAUGUAAAGUCGCAUAACAUUCUAUUGGAUGGCUCUCUAACAGCUAAAGUGUCUGACUUUGGAGCCUCAAGGUGCAUUCCACCUAAUCAAACAGGGGUUACAACUGCCAUCCAAGGAACACUGGGAUAUCUAGACCCCAUGUACUACUACACGGGAAGACUCACUGAGAAGAGCGACGUUUACAGUUUUGGUGUUGUUCUAAUAGAGUUGCUCACCAGAAAGAAACCAUUUUCAUAUAGAUCACCUGAGAAUGAUGGCUUAAUUGCACAAUUCACUUCCUUGCUUACACAUGAUAACUUGUCUUGUGUACUCGAUCCUCAAGUAAUGGAGGAGGGAGGCAAAGAAGUCAACGAAGUAGCUGCAUUGGCUGCUAUAUGUGUGAAGCUAAAAGCAGAGGAGCGACCAACCAUGAGACAAGUGGAGUUGACCCUUGAAAGCAUCCAAGAAUCACUGCAACAAGUAAAGCUACAUAGUGUUGGUCCGAGCAAAUCUAAGGAAGAUGUGAUGUUUCCAAUAGUUGAGGGUAGAAGCACGAAAGAGUCAAGUAGACAGUAUAGUCUUGAAGAAGAGUUCUUGUUAUCAGCAAGGUAUCCUCGUUGA